AUGGCUACCUCUGUCGCUUGCCUGUGUGGAAGCAUAGAUAUACCAGUCCAGCUGGAUACUACCAUUGACCAAGAAAAGCUCCAACUAUGUCACUGUCAACGGUGCCGCACGAGUGUUGGGCAAUUAUAUUCCUCGUAUCAUCUUCUCCAGAAUGAGCCGAAGCUCAAUGGGCUUCAGGAAUACCAGGAGUCUGACCACAUCAGUCGUUUCUUCUGCAAGACCUGUGGUGCGCAUGUCUUCGCUCAUUCAAAGCCUAGUGGACGAUUCCUGGCCGCGUCAGGACUGUUAGUAGCCAAGAUUCCGGUCAAGGAAAUCGUGCACUGGCAACUGAGUGAUACCAACGACGGUGGACUCGGUGUAUAUCUCCCAGGAACAGAGUCUCCAACCGCCAGUUGCAGACUGGAUGUACCAGGAAGCUCUUUGAUGUCCAAAGAACCGGUGACCCGGGGGCAAGUCGAAUUCAAAGAGCAGACUUUACAUGCACGCUGCAACUGCGGAGGAGUCGAGUUCUACAUCACUAAGCCCAAUGCUUCAUCCUCGCAAGCAACCUCGCCAUGGGCAGAUCUGCUAGUUCCAUAUUACACCGGAUCAGGAGCCAACCCUGAAGAUGUCAAGUGGUGGCUUCGAGAUGGAGCCACCAGAUAUCUUGCAGGAACUUGUGCAUGUAAUACCUGUCGGCUGAGCAGUGGGUUCCCUAUUCAAACAUGGGCGUUCGUGCCUAAAUCAAAUAUACUCGAAGUAGACGGGUCGCCACUGGACUUCAAUCAUGGAAAGAUAAAGCGACACAAUAGUUCACCUGGGGUUUAUAGAGAGUUCUGCAGCUGCUGUGGCGCUACUGCUUUUUGGCAUUGUGAUGAGCGACCACUGUUGAUUGAUGUUAGUGUUGGAUUGCUCCGAGCAGGUGGCGCGAGAGCUGAGGACUGGUUGGAAUGGGCAUCGGAUCGGGUCAGCUUUGCUGAGAUGGCAGUUCAAUCUGACUUGAUCGGAAAAUUGGAAGAGGUCUUUCUCAAAAUGCCGCCUUUCCAGUUUAGAGGCAAUUCAAAUUAUCGAGGCUCGCGUCCAAACCCUAAACAUGAAUUCAGUUUCCGGUACCGACCACCCCCCACGGCGGAGCGACCAUUGUUGUCUAGGAAGAGAGAGGUCACACCUGACCUUCUCCAAGGAGAAAAUGAAACCAAGGCGCCACUGAAGUUCGCCUCGUUGGACGCGUUGAGUGAUAGUGGGGAGGCUGAGAUGGAUACGUCCGAUGACGACUCCGACAACGAGCGACCACGGAAGAGACGCGCGAUGGGCCUCGACGGACAGCAAGAGAAUUUGCCCGCUCCUCCACCCCCUCCACCUGCAACCAAAUGGUCGAAUCCCGAUCCUUAUACCGUGCUUCCUCCACCAAGUGAACAAACCAACAAACGCGUCGACGUUGUCAAGCUGAUCCGCAAGGCCAGACUUGAAAACGCAGCAAAGACGGAAACCACUGAUGCGGUGAAGGAUAACUCAGACUUCAUUUCCCUGGGCCCGAUGACGGAACUGGAGCCUGAGAACAACGCCCCCGAGAACGCCCCCAAAGGACCAAAAGGCCAAGAAACUAUGGAUUCUGGCCCUGGAAACCGCAAAAGGACCCGCGAGGACGAGCUCAAGGGUUUCUCUCGGAAGACUGGAAAACCUGCAAGCAGGUACAACUACGAUGGCUCAGUUAUCAAUGAGUGGAAACCACGAUCCCAGGAGACAGGCACGCCUUGGUUUGAAUCCACUCCGUCUUCCCUGCACAUCGGAUCUCAAUUGAAUCACGAAAUUCUCAGUUUCUACAACUGGGCCAAGCCACAGGAAUUCGAGAACAUUGUGCGCAUGGAUCUCGUUGAACGGUUGAACAUUGCAUUCCAAAAACGUUACCCUGGUGUUGAGAUCCACGCAUUCGGAUCUUUUGCAUCUGGACUCUAUCUGCCUACCGCAGAUAUUGACUUGGUGUUGUUGUCCAAUUCAUUCAGACGUUCGGGGAUUCGUACAUUCGGAGAGAGAAAGGGGCAAAUCUACGCCUUUUCCGGUUUCCUCAAAGGCACGAACAUUGCUGUUCCUAACUCAAUCGAAUGCAUCGCGCAUGCUCGGGUACCCAUCCUCAAGUUCGUUGACAAGCUGACGGGGCUGCAUGUUGAUAUGUCAUUCGACAACAACAGCGGUUUGAUCGCCAACGAAACGUUCCAGAAAUGGAAGGCACAAUUCCCUGAAAUGCCAAUCAUUCUGUCGGUGAUCAAGCAAUUUUUGUUGAUCCGUGGUCUCAACGAAGUACCGACUGGUGGUCUGGGCGGCUUCUCUAUCACUUGCUUGGUCACAAGCAUACUCCAGCAUAUGCCCCAGGGAAACCUGCAGCCCAACUUGGGAAGCAUCCUGAUGGAUUUCUUCAAUUUCUAUGGGAAGUAUUUCCAGUAUGAUCAUGUCGCAAUUCGGAUGGAUCCCCCCGGUUAUUUCAACAAGAUUUAUUUCGGAAGCUCUGAUCGUCUUACCAUCGAAGACCCAAACAACCCUGACAAUGAUAUCUCUGGCGGCACACGAGAAAUCGAUUUGAUCCUUCGUACGUUUGCUGGUGCUCACACGACCCUUAAGAACCGCAUGGAAUACCUGGCACUGGUUCAGGGACCAAACAAGACCAUCUUGGGGCCGAUCAUCGCAGGAAACUUCGAAGAAUACGUCGAACAGCGCAAUCAACUUCGCCGAGUCUUCGUGUCAGAAAGUAGGUUCGCUAAGUACAACGUGCCUCCGCCGCCGCCAGAGCCGUAUCCCCUUGAUGGAAGCUCGUCCCCUCCACCACUUCCGGCCGGACCGCCACCCCCAGGCCCACCCCCACCUCCAGCACAGAGGCCGAUCAAGAAAGCGAAGUCGAAGCUCAGGGGCACGGUGUCUGAGCCAGAAAACAUUUCUUCCGAUGAAUCUUCAGGCGAGACAAAGCCGAAUAAAACCCGAAAGGGUGAUGUACGACGACAAGUGUGUCGUGAUCGUGCUGCCAGAAUCAAACGCCUCAGGCCCGACCUCACGAAGCUUCCGGCCUCUCUCAGUGUCAACCAAGCUCUUCGGCACGCCGGCUAUGAGACUGACGCGCAGAUGGAACACGACCUGGCUUUGAGAGAACAGCAACAAGCUGCUGCAGCUUAG